AUGGACGACAAUCCACGUGAUAAAAGGCUGACUCAUCUAAAGAUAUUCGCAACGCAGCAGCCAGCUGAAGGCUCGGAGAGAAUGAAGGAGUUAAACGAAGCCCUGCGCGCGGAACCCAUCCGGGAGUCAACUCGUAAGCAGUACGAGACGCCUAAUAAGUACUAUGAAGAGAUCUGUGGGCGUCCAGUGAACGGUGAGAGGUUGCAGACUUUCAUCCGGGCUUUACUGUCGUUCGACGAUCCCCAGCUGACUUAUGAAACCAUAUGCAAGUAUGUUUCGGGAGUCCAGACUUUCAGCCAGAUUCGCGGUGAAGCUAAGCUAACAGAAACCGAACGUCAGCACGUCAAACGUGCGCUCGAUGCUGUGAAAAGGAUACGUGAGGGUCAGGGGAGGAAGAGAAAGCAAGCUCCGGUGAUGGACGACGAGCUGAUUGACUCGUUGAUACGAAUGCCAACAGUUCUAGGCUCCGACAAUGACCAAAUCAAGACUCUCACUCUUUUUACGGUGGCCACAGUCUGUAGACUAGAUGAAACCUACGGAUUGAAUGGUAACGAUAUCGAGCUAAUAGAGACUCCGGGGAGACUCCGUCUCAAAAUUAAGUUGAUGAACCCCAAGACUGAGGAUGGUCCAACUUAUAAGGAGAUCGAUUGUGACGAUCACUGGGAGAUGCAAGGGAAACAGCAGGACGCAUGUGGGGUGAAGUGGUGUGCAGCUCAUGAGAUAGCCCGUCGGAAGAUUGCUUUGAAGAAUGAUCGCUUCCGUCUGUUCCCAAAAAUACAGAAGAACAACUAUGCUAGAAAGUUGAGGGCCUUAGUCGACUCACAGUUCCCAGGUAUGGGCGAUCGGUGGUCAAUACAGAACGUUACUGGGCAUAGCCUGCGUCGAACUGGCAGCACUCUUCUCAAGUUGUGUGACGUUCCAGAAAAGGAGGUGCAAGCGGCGGGUAAAUGGAAGAGUGACGCCUGGCUGAGCUACACCGCUCAAGCUAUGGAAAUCCGGUCGAGAAAGCACGCAAAAAUGAUUAUGGGAGACAAGAGAUGUAGUUAG